AAAAUUUUAAUGGUGGUGUACGGUUCGUUCAGCUCGCAUCGCGUCGCAACAUCUCGUUUUGUUGGUCAGUGAAAAAUAUCAGAAAAUCCAGAGAAAAUCAAAGAAAGGCCCUCAAUAUAUAUAAUUAUAAAUAUUAUGUAUAGCAAUUGUUGUCUCGCGGCGUCGUGCAUCACACAGUGACAAAAUACAAAACAAAAAUACAAAUUGCAAGCAACAAAAUACAAACGAAGCAAAUAUAGAAAAACAGCGCGUCGCGUCUGAAAUUGCAAAUUGCAAUAAAGUCUGAAACGUGAAGAAGCAGCAGAAGAAGAAGAAGCAGAGCAAUAGCAGUGUAUAAACAGCAAUUGAAAGAAGCGGCAAAAACACAAAUCACAAUAUAAAAAAACAACAACAAAACAAAAACAUCUACAACUACAAUUGAAAAAACAAAAAAAACUGCAAAACUAAAUGCAACAGCUAAGCAACAGUAUUUUUGCUCAACAUUAAAUUAAAUAACUCACUAAUCAUACUAAUACAAGUAUAGAUAUUUGUAAAUGCAAAAUCUCUAGCAGUGAUUAUAUGUUGCAUUUUUUGAAACCAAAAAACCAAAUUAAAAGCAAAUAAAAUAAAAUCCGAGGAAAGAGAAGAACGCAGCGAGCUUAAGCCAACAAAAAUAAAACCGUAGUACGACUAGUAAAAGACACCACCAAUUUAAUUUGAACAGAGUUUAAGUAAAAAAAGAAAACACAACAAAAAACCAAGAAAAUAUUAGCCAAAAUCGAAUAGAUGUCUAUGUGUAUUACAUAUAUAUAUGUAUCGGUCAUCUAUAGCAUAAUAUAAUAAAACAAAACCAAGCAUAUAUUUACAACAUAAGCCAUAUAUACCAACUACAUAAAUAUAUAUAUCGCAGCUAAAAGACAAGCAGCUAGAAGCGACCGCAAGCAAACGGUCUCAAUCAUUUGAAAACUCAUCUUAUAGAAAUAAUCUAUAUAAUAAAAGACAAAGCGCAGCUCGUCAUAUAAAACAAACAAAAUAAAAUGGAGGACAAUAACACAAGCAGCAGUGCGAGCGGUGCGCCCAUCAAACUCGAGGAUCCAUCGGUGACACUCACAAUAAGGCUGAUUAUGCAAGGAAAGGAAGUCGGUAGUAUUAUUGGUAAAAAGGGUGAAAUUGUCAACAGAUUUCGUGAGGAGUCUGGUGCCAAAAUUAACAUUUCGGAUGGCUCAUGCCCGGAACGCAUUGUAACGGUGUCUGGCACAACAAGCGCAAUCUUCUCGGCAUUUACGCUAAUUACAAAGAAAUUUGAAGAGUGGUGCUCGCAGUUCAAUGAAGUUGGCAAAGUUGGCAAAACUCAAAUACCCAUUCGAUUGAUUGUGCCCGCCAGUCAAUGUGGAUCAUUAAUUGGCAAGAGUGGCUCAAAGAUAAAGGAAAUACGCCAAACUACAGGCUGUUCCAUACAGGUGGCCAGCGAUAUGUUGCCAAACUCCACGGAGCGAGCAGUUACCUUGAGUGGCAGCGCCGAGCAGAUAACCCAAUGCAUCUAUCAGAUAUGUCUUGUCAUGUUGGAGUCUCCACCACGCGGUGCUACCAUACCAUAUCGACCAAAGCCGCAAGUGACUGGGCCAGUUAUUUUGGCCAAUGGACAGGCCUUCACCAUACAAGGCAAUUAUGCGGUGCCCACACAAGAGACCUGUCCAGUAUUUCCACUUGCUUUGGCUACCGGUGGUCUACAUGCUGGUAUUUCAGGCUUAGCGGAUCCUUUGUUAAAGGGGGCACAUUUACCAGGAGCGGUACCAGCACACCACCAUCACCUACAGCAAAUGCCCGAUGUUGCCAAGAAUCCAUUGGCCAGUUUGGCUGCCUUGGGCCUGGCCGGCAUGACGCCAACCGGCACCAGCGGAAUCAAUCACACAGCUCUGGCUGCUUUGGCUGGAUCGCAGUUGCGCACGGCCAACGCGAAUCGGGCACAGCAGCAGCAGCAUGAGAUGACCGUCUCAAAUGAUUUGAUUGGCUGCAUUAUUGGCAAGGGCGGCACCAAAAUUGCUGAAAUACGUCAGAUCUCCGGCGCCAUGAUACGCAUCUCCAACUGUGAGGAGCGUGAGGGCGGCAACACCGAUCGUACCAUAACCAUCAGUGGUAAUCCGGAUUCGGUUGCAUUGGCCCAAUACUUAAUCAACAUGAGCGUUGAACUGCAGAAGGCCAAUCUACAGGAUCAGGCAGCCCAAAAUGGCACUGCAGCCAUAACAACAGCCGGUGGUGGUGGUGCUGCUGUCGCCGCCGCCGCUGCUGCUGCGGCUGCUGCUGGAGGUGCUGGUGUUGGAGGAGUUGGCGGUGCAGCCGCAGCGGCUGCUGUGGCAGCGGCGGCAGCUGCCGGUGUCAAUGGCAACGGCUGUCUGACAGUGCCAUUAACUGGCAGCAAUGCCAACAACAAUGGCAACACCAACAACAGCAGCAGCAACAGUACCGCCAGCACCAAUGGCGCCACCAACGCCUCCAAUUAUGCCACCAAUGGCACACAGAACAACAACAGCAACAACAACAACAAUAACAACAACAACAACGUGAACAACAGCAACAAUCUCAGCAAUGGAGCAGCCGCAGCUGCUUUAGGCGGCAGCUCAUUGGCCUCUGCAUUGCAACUGCUGACCAAACCGGGCGCCCUCACCGCUCUCUCCAAUCUGAGCGCCUUGGAUCUGCUCAGUCUGACAUCGUUGGGCAACAAUGGCAAUGGAACGCCCGGUGGACCGCCGGUGCAGACCACGGGUGUGAAUCGUGCCAAGGGUCAUUAUGCGACCUCGCGUUUUAGGCAACAUCAGACAGAGACCGGGGGUGAAUCGGAGAAGGCGCGCAACAAGUUUAAUCCCUACUAGGGGUAGGCCAAAUUAGACCAGCCCAAGAGUUAAGAGAAAAGCGAUCAUCAUUUGAUAAUAGUCGAGCUAUGUAGUAGCUUCUGUUAGUUUUAAAAUUCAGUCUUUUAGCGUUGCGACAGCUUUAGAGUCAACGAUUCUUCAAGAAUUUUACUCUACAAAGAAACAAAAAAUAAAAAAUACAAAUAAAAAAGCAAAGUAAAGGAAAUAGUUGUAAAAGUGAGAAACAAAAAAAAUUGGUAAAAGUAUUUGAAAUUUGAAGACAAUUUUUUAUAAAUUAGUUGAAAACAGUAAUCGAGGUAGUAUUCAGUUUAGUUUUUUAGUUGAGGCAAUUAUUGUUUAUUUUAAUAAUGCCGCAAUAUAUAUAUCGUAAAUAAAAAUGGAAAUUAAGAUUAGGACUGCCAAGAAAACGACAGCUACUUAAACAUACGUAUACCUUACAUUUGAAUUUUUCAAGCACUUGAACAAUAUUGUUUAUCGAAUAUAUAUAGAAAGCAAAAAGAAGAAAUGGAAUUAGUCCAAGUAUUGUAAUCAAAUUUUGACCAAGUGAAAUGCAGCAUAAGGACCCUAGUAGAGACUCCUAAUAGGUGUUUUACAUACAUAAAUACCAACAUACUAUAUAUGACAUAUAUGUAGGAUAUUUUGCCCUUGUCCCUUUUAUAGUUAUAAACAUAAUACAUAUAUCGUACAUUAUAGAAUUUGCCAAAUUUUAGCGCAUCCUUAGAAUGAGAAAGAUUGAUGAACGUAGUAGGAAGUAAAGAGUUUUGUGAAUUGCUUAAUAUCGUAUAUCGAAUAUCGAUAACAAUUAGCAUACAUUCAACCCACAUCCCCCGAAAACCCCUUUCACAUUCACUGUAACAUAUGCGAUGUCAUUAGUCUCCCUCUCCAAUAUCUGUACUAAGUAAUUAUUCAUAUAAUUCUCUAACUAGCCAGUAAGCACUAAUCGUAUUUUAAGUAUAAAGCCCCGUUGCCCCUCUUUUCCUUCUUCAGUCAUUUGUCAAGCAAAGAAACCAAAACUUCUUAAAGAAGUUCCAUGCAAAUAAAAGAAAAAAAUACAAAAUUAAGAAAUUGAAGAAAAAAAUUCCAAUGCAUUGUGCUGAUAUGAAUUUGGCACGGCGACUUUAAUGGACCAAUUCGCUCUAAUUGACGCAAUCGACGCAAAUGAGCGUACAAAAGCAUAAAGCAUAAUGAAAAUUUUGAACCGUGAACAAAAAGAAGAGAGUAAAAUAAAUCACUUAGAAAGCCAUUUGAAGGCACCACACAUAGAAAGAGGAAAAGAGAAAGAAAGAUACAUACAUAAAUACAUAAGGUAUACCCAUAUUAUAUAUAUGUUGAUAGGGAAGAUGAAACGUUAUUAUGUAUUAGGCUUUUGAAGUCUUGAAUUGUUUAUAAAAAAAAAAAUCAUUCAAUAAUUCGGUUAGUUGUAUA